CCGUUCGCCGCGAAACAUGAAAUCAUCAAUCGGGUUGAGCGCGGGGAAAAGAAGUCCGACGUCGCCGCCGCGUACAAAAUUCCAAAGAACACCUCGAGUACUAUUUUGAAGAACAAGGCAGAGAUUAGGGCCAAGUCGGAAAAAAGGCCAGGUACCCGUGGUGCCCGACGUGUGCGCGCUGCUGUGUACGAAGAUGUUGAAGCGGCCGUUUACAAGUGGUUUGUGGACGUUCGUUCGCGAAACAUCCCGGUGUCCGGUCCUAUGAUCGAGCAGAAAGCCAAGGACCUUGCUUUUCUGCUUGGCAGGAAUGAUUUCCAAGGCUGUUCAGGCUGGCUUCGGCGGUUCAAAAAACGGCAUGACAUCGUUGGCAAAGCUGUUACAGGUGAAAGCAGAGCGGCGGACCUGGACAGCGUAGAAAAAUGGCUCGAGGAAAACUGGCGAGAUAUCGCAACAAGAUAUAGAGCCCAAGAUAUCAUCAAUGCAGAUGAAACUGCUCUAUUUUGGCAAAUGUCGCCAAACAAGACACUUGCGUGUCGUGGCAACAAACAAGACUUGUGGCGGUCACACUGUUCCCAGGACGCUGCGCCGGCCAGUCUGCGCUGCGCUUUACGUCUCGCCGAGCGCACAGCUGUGCGCGCUGCAGUGCAGUGGCGUCAGCGGAGCAACAAGAGCUGUCCCGCUGCGACGACGGGCUCUGGCCGCGUGCGCGACCGUGGCGGGUCACGCCCGAACGAGCGCGCAGCUCGAAGCAUGUCAGGGACCCGUCGGCAGCAGCGACACCUGCACACGUUGCUAGAGGGCAUCGGGCUGUUGGGCGCGCGCCAAC